UAGUAACCCCACCAACUGCCUCACAAUCGGCGGCCGGGCACAAAGAAACCUGGCUGAGCAGCGGUGAGCCUGUCCCCUUUGGACGACUCUGCGCCCUGUACCGGAGGGGAAGGCCUCGGUUGUCCGCGUCCGGCCGCCCUUCUCCACAGCCUUGCCCCCUGGACGAGCCUCAGAGGCCUCCGUCGUCCCUUCCGAGGUGUCGGGGCUUUGCCCCAGCCUCCAUCUUCGUCUCUCAGGAUGGCGAGCAGCAGCGGCUCCAAGGCCGAGUUAAUCGUCGGAGGGAAAUACCAACUGGUCCGGAAGAUCGGGUCUGGCUCCUUCGGGGACAUUUAUCUGGCGGUUAACCUCACCAAUAGCGAGGAAGUGGCAGUGAAGCUGGAAUCGCAGAAGGCCAGGCACCCUCAGUUGCUGUACGAGAGCAGACUCUAUAAGAUUCUUCAGGGUGGGGUCGGCAUCCCGCACAUACGCUGGUAUGGUCAGGAGAAAGACUAUAACGUGCUGGUCAUGGAUCUUCUGGGACCCAGCCUCGAAGACCUCUUCAGUUUCUGUUCAAGGAAGUUCACAAUGAAAACUGUCCUUAUGUUGGCUGACCAGAUGAUCAGCAGAAUUGAAUAUGUGCAUACAAAGAAUUUCAUACACAGAGACAUUAAACCAGAUAACUUCCUCAUGGGCAUUGGACGGCACUGUAAUAAGUUAUUCGUUAUUGAUUUUGGUUUGGCCAAAAAGUACCGAGACAACAGGACCAGGCAACACAUACCGUACAGAGAAGAUAAAAACCUCACUGGCACUGCGCGGUAUGCCAGCAUCAACGCACACCUCGGUAUUGAGCAGAGUCGCCGGGAUGACAUGGAGUCGUUAGGAUACGUUUUGAUGUAUUUUAAUAGAACCAGCCUGCCAUGGCAAGGACUGAAGGCUGCAACAAAGAAACAAAAAUACGAAAAGAUUAGUGAGAAGAAGAUGUCCACUCCUGUGGAAGUUUUAUGUAAGGGGUUUCCUACGGAGUUUGCCAUGUACUUAAACUACUGCCGUGGGCUGCGCUUUGAGGAAGCUCCAGAUUACAUGUAUCUGAGGCAGCUCUUCCGCAUCCUUUUCAGGACCCUGCACCACCAAUACGACUACACAUUUGAUUGGACAAUGUUAAAGCAGAAAGGAACACAACAGGCAGCAUCUUCCAGUGGGCAGGUUCAGCAGCCCCAAAGCCCCGCAGGCAAGCAAACCGACAAAGCCAAGCAUAACAUGAAAGGUUUCUAACAGGAUUGUGGAACAGAAGAAGCCGAGCGGAUGACCCAAGCAGCAUGUGUUUCUCCCCAGUCUAGAAAUUUAAUUCAUAUAUACAAUAGCCGGUGGUUGGGGAUAACCAUUUACUUGGUGUAAAAAAACCUAAUUUCAUUAUAAACUGGCUCUGGGCAGCAUUGAUGAUGCUGUAUCCUGAGUUGUAACCAUUGUAAUUGUGAAUAUUAACUGAGAUAGUGAAAUAUGGUGUCUGGUUUUCUGUUAACAUUUUUUUUUUCAAGUGGAAAAGUUAACUGGUUGACGUACAGAAAUUAGUGGAGAAAUUGUGCACAUGGCAUUUUUUAAGAUCCUUUACUUUCAGUUCUGUUACCUUGAAAUCUCGUUUCAGAGGAACGGUAUGAACGGUCUUCAGCCUCAGUUGUGGUGGUUGUAAAUUCUCACAAUUGUUCAUUCUUAGGGUUUUUCCACCCCAGGAGUUUGCAAGUUGUUCAUUUAAAACAUGUUUGAAAUGGUUAGCUUCUUGUUUGCAAAUGAGCUGAUAUGGUAGCAACCAAAGAUUCUGGUGUUUGAGCAUACAAAAGACUGCCUGCUUACCUGUGCUAGAAAUAACAGCAUUUAAAGUGAAGACUUAAAAAAACUUAGUGAUAGUCCUUAGGACUCUGCAUUAACUCUAUAAUGUUCUUAGUUGUUUUUUUUUUUUUUUAAAAGCAUAUUUGCCAUAGAAAUUUAGUUAACAAAUUACAACUGGACAUGUAUAUAUGUUGCUUAGAUAAAUGAAAUUGUUUUAAAUAUCUAUAUGACCUGGGAUUUUAUUUUUAUUUUAAAGUUGGUACAUUUUUUGUUUAUAAGUUCAUUAAAAACUAAAAACUUUCUGUAAAAAAAUAUAUAAAACUGGAGUCUAUUAUGUUAACUGAAUAUUUCCAUGCUGAAGACUUCUUUUGUAAGCAGUGAAGUCAUAAAAGAAAAUUUAGCCUUUUUUUCAGUAUAUUUUUCCAAUACAACCAGGCUGAGGAUAUCAUAUAGUAUAAAAAUAUAGGCAAUGGACAAGUAGUUGAGAGGAGCUGGCUUCUCAUUUUACUUUUAUCACUGCUUUUAUGAGUGAUGGAAAGCAAUAUAAGGCUUGGGGCUGGCACUAUGGUACAGUGGGUUAAAUAUGCUGCUACCUACAAUACUAGCAUCCCAUCUGAGCACCAGUUCCAGUCCAGGCUGCUGCACUUCUGAUCUGGCUCACUACUAAUGUGACUGGGAAAGCAAUGGAAAGCAAAGGCCUGAGUGCUUGGGCCUCUUGCACCCAAGUGGGAGACCUGGAUGGAGUUCUAGGCUCUUGGCUUCAGCCUGGCCCAGCCCUGGCCAUUGAAGCCUUUUGGGGAGUGAAUCAGGAGGUGGAAAACCUCUCUCUUUCUCUGUCUGUCUCACUCACCAACCUGCCAGCUCCCCUCCCCCAGCCCUGUAACUCUGCCUUCCAAAUAAAUAAACAUAAAUUUUUAAAACAAAGACAAUAGAAGGCCUGUGUGUUCCUCAUCUAUAAACAUCAGCAAUAAGACCUUACCUGUCUACUGGUUCUGAUGAUUAGGUUAAGGAAUACGCAUUGAAAUAUGUUAUAUAAGUAUAAAUUAUUGUUACUAUUAAUUGGAGGUUUUGCCAUUGCUUGACUUGAAUGAUGAGUUUGCCUAAGCAUGAGAAGAUUCUCUUAUUAUAUUGCUUAGUAAAGAUAUCAGGCCUUAUCUAAUUACUUAGAAUAUUGGACUACCCUUUUACUGGGCUACCCCUUGACAUCCAAGCAUAUCAUCUCUUGUUAUGCAUCCGUUCUUUUUCCUGGACAUUUUCCUAUGUCACGCUUUAACAGUGGAUCUGAUAAUAUUUUUUUGAAAUCCCUGCUUUUUAGGACAUGGCCACAAUGCAGAGAGGGAACCUAGAGCAGGUUCAGGAAAUUUCUUCUCCUUUCUCUCUCCCUCCUCCCCUCCCUCCCUCAUUUUCUUCCUUUUGUUCAACCCUUUUAGGCCUUUUUACUCUCAAUCUUAAAUUUAUAUAAACAUUCUCCUGUUCUGAUAUUCUACAGGCAAUGUUAUUUGCUUUUGGAGAAUUAAAUUAUUUUCUUUAGAGAAAAACAUUGAGACUAGUCUUGUGCACUGUUUCCUAUAAAUGUCUUCUCUCCACUGUUACUAUGAAGAUAUCCCAGGAUAUUGCUCUUCAGUCUUUUUAUUUUUUGUACGUUUGGUCCUUGAAUACAUAUAACCAAUAUCAUUACCCACAUAAUGUUGAGUCACCUCAAUAAAACAUGAAUGGGAGUUACUAGUCAUGGAACAAAAGUUGCUUAUUAUUUUCCCCAUGAUGUAUUGACUUUGAAGUUCUAGUUGUGUACAUAAGAGCAAACUCUGCCCAUAUCAGAUAUUUGACUUCAAUGGAAAAGAUAAGUAGUUUUCAAAAGCUGAAUACUUGAUAGCUGGAAAGUAUUACCAGUAAUACUGUAAAUUCUAACAGAAUAUAUCAGAACCAUAUAUGCUGGAUUUUUUAGCCUCAGCUUUCAGGGUUCCAUUCUGUUUUCACUAUAAAUAUAGUAUCUGGAUUUUAUUUUUCAAUUUUACCUCCAAACAUAUUAUUUAUCUGACUUUCAUUUGAAAUAGUUUUAUA